GCACAGCCAUCUGAAGUGUCGCGCGUGCUGUUUAGCGUUGCCUGUCAAUGUGGCAUGAGGGCUAUAAAAUGAUCAAUUUCGUUUAUUAGUCUUUUUUAAAUCUCAGAAAAUGUUAAAUGUAAAAGACUACAUGUAAACGAAAAAAUUGUCCUGCAACACUUUGUUUGAAAAUUACAGGCACUACAGGAAAACUCCUCAAUAAAACAAGUAGUCGUCCCCUACUUAUAAAUGAGUCCCGUUUCUGGGAGCACGUUCGUAAGUCGAAUACGUUUGUGAGUCUGACAAAGUGAGUCUUACACCCCUGUCUCACCUACGCGGAAUCAGCACGGUUUUGCACAGUGGCUGUAAGAAUGGUUUAUUGCGAUUCACCGCAAGUUUGUGCAGUUUUGGCGUAGUGAUUACGUUUCCCACCUUUCUGUGUGAAAAAUUAAACGUUUAAUUUUUUUGGUGGUCCUCAUGGACACUUGCAGACUCUGUGGAACCCCGUUUAAAGGGAGCCCAGGAAGACAACACUACAUUGCACAAAAGAAGAGCAGCGUGCAGUGAUUCAUGAUUUGUGCAAAUGGGUACAUUUUCAUCUGUCAGACGCUCUUAUCCAGAGCGACUUAAAAAAAAGUGCUUUGAAGUUUCCGUCACUGGAUAGAUACUUACACUGGGUUACUAAGUUACUGACUAAGUGCCAUCAGUCAAACAUAGUUGGAAAUGUUUUUUUUUUUUUUUUUUUUGGAAAUGGGUGAGUGGGAUUAGUCCAAGUAUUGAAGAAACAACACAAAGAGCAUUAGCAGAAGUGUUCAGAUAUCUGUAAAAGAAAUUUGGAGCAAUACUCAAAGGAAGGUGAAAGUUUUUAAAAAAAGAAUUAUUACAUUCUCAACUGCAGACCAAGAAAAAGUUUAAAUCCACCCGUGCUUACAGUUUCCUGGGAUUCUCAAGGGUCAGUAUUGAAAUAUUAUUAGGAAAAAGGUUCAACAAUCAACAGUGCUCAUUAUGAUAAGAUGCUUAUUGAAGAGCUGAAGGACUGCGCUGUGAUAUCACGUGACGACGCAGAUCCACACACUUCUGCCCACGCUGUCGACUUCGUUUUGAGGUGUUAAAGCUUCCUACUUAUAAUCGCUUCAUCAGACUUUUACCUGGACUUGGUUCCCUGAAAGCAGCUUAAUCAUUCUGCUGAUGAAGAAGUGAAGACAGCGGUGCAUUCGUGGCUCGCAGUUUAGAAUAAAAAAAUUUUAAAUGAGGGAAUACGAAUGCUUGUUGACAGAUGGCCAAAAUGUUUUGAAAAAUAUAAAAAAUUAUAUUUUUGUCUUUUGUAAUAGUUUAAAACAUUUAAAAUAAAUUCUACAGCAGGAGUGCUGAUACCUUUUGACUAAACCUCAUAUGUUGUUUAUGGUUUGGUUCUAGCCAUCGUGUAUUACAAGUUUUACGAAUGUGUGCCAGGAGGCACAGCGAUAUGACGUGUUUAAAACAGACAAAGGGUUUUUCAGUGGAGUCCACAUGCACUGUGUGGAGAAAUUGCGGUUGCUGUAGCCUAGUGGAGGAUGUCAGAACUUAGCGAUGAAGCGAGCGAGUCGGAUCAGCUGGGCUCGAGUCUGUCUGUGUGGCUGGCCGACAGUGGGAGUGGCCUGGAGGAGCUUGACGUGCCACUGGACCUCCAUACGGCUUGCUCUAUCGGCCAGUACGACGUGGUGGCGGAGUCCAUUCGCAGAGGUAAAGUAGACGUGAACGGAAGGAACCUCGGCGGCUGGACGCCCCUCAUGUACGCGUCGUAUAUCGGUCACGACAAUGUCGUUAACCUGCUUCUGGAAUCUGGGGUUUGCGUGAACGCUAGCACAACAAAGGGGCUAACCCCGCUGAUGCUAGCUGCGAGCUGCGGAAAUGAGAGCAUUGCUUACUUCCUCCUCCAGCAAGGGGCGGAGCUCGAGCGUAAAGACGGACGCGGUUGGACAGCCCUCCUGCACAGCACGAGCACCGGACACCAACAGAUGGUCAAGUUUCUCCUGGACAACAAUGCAAACGCCAACAUCAAAGAGCCCGUGUUUGGGUUCACCCCACUGAUGGAAGCUGCAGCAUCAGGCCAUGAGAUCAUUGUCCAGUACCUUCUUGACCAUGAUGCACGAGUGGAGGAGAGGAACUUCAAAGGCGAGACGGCGAGAGUUUUAGCCAUGAUGUACGGCCACACCAAGAUCGCCAGCCUAAUAGACAUGCACUGCCUGAGGGCAAAAACAGGCGUGUACGAGGAGCUGAGCUCAUCGGAGGAAGACAGCGCAGCGCCGAGAGCCAGGUCAAGCCGCAGCAGAACCAGAGGCCCGAGCAUACACGACGGCCCACAGGCCAUAGCUCGCUUUAGAGUCACCCCCAAACAUGAUCCACAGUUGGCUCCACCCGGGUACAUGACGUUCCGAGACGUGGGCGAACAAAACGAGGGCAUCUGCAACCGCGACGUCACGUCCCCCAUUAACGAACUGGAUGGCCAGAGCAACAGCAGUCGAGACGAGCUGUUCUUUGACAACGACAUGCCCACGAUACGGAGCAGCAGCAGCAGCAGCGAAGGUCUGCCCCGACUCCUCGGCCUCAGCAGGGAAGCGUCGCUCGAGAGCAACGAGGACUCGGACCAGGCAAAGAGAAGCUGCCCCCGACGACCCAACAAGCCCCAUCACUCCAAGGGCAAGAGUCGUCAUAGUAACAGUGACUCUGCUGGGAAUUUUGGGAUAGCUCCUACAUCCGGACCUACCCCUUCUUACACAGGUCCCAAGGACCUGGCGGAAUUCCUGGAGCAGAUAGGCUUUAGCAAGUAUCUCCCAUUGCUAGAGGAGCAGGAUAUCGACCUGAGAAUCUUCCUCACGCUGACCGAGAACGAUCUCAAAGAAGUGGGCAUCACGUUGUUUGGCCCCAAGAGAAAGAUGACAUCAGCGAUAGCCCGUUGGCAUAGCAACGCCCGGCCACCGAGUGACGCGUUAGAGCAGGCGUACGCUGACAAACUCGAGGCUGAGAUGCAGGAGAUGGCUAUUCAGCUGCAUAAGCGCUGUGUCGAGGUGGAGUCUCUACAGGGCCAGGUCUCCCAGGAGAAGGAGCUGCGCACCGUCAUGGAGGGCUGCCUGAUGGAGGAGAAGAUGGCAUGGAGGGGCGUGCAGGCGGAGCUACGUGAAAGCGUCAAGCAAAUCCAUGCCCUGAACAGCACGCUACACACGCUGCGGAACACACACACGCAACUCACACAGGCUAUGGGGAAAGAUGGCGCAAUGCACUCUGAGAUGCUCUCCAAGAUGGAGUCGUGUGAGGAGAAACUAGGUGACAGCCUAAAAUCACUCUGCCAGAGUCUACAGCAUCUCUGUGCUCCAGAGAAAAGCUCCAACAGCUGGCAGGGAGAAUCUUAGCACCUGCAUUUUCCCCCCACCCCAACAGUAACUGUAGAGUUUCACUGACGGAGGGUGAACACACCACCCUGAACACGCGAACACGCCGACCUGCCUGAGCUGACCGAGGAAUGGAGAGAAGAGAGGGACAAGAAAAAAAAAAGAGAGAAAUGCUGAAAAACGAUCAGUCAGGAAAGAGCCACGAGUUAAGCAGGGCAGUAAAUCGACAAGCAGGCGACUCACGUCUGCGCUCGACUGACCCGACGGUGUGUAACGCAGAAAUAAAGAUGAAGACAAUCAAGUCUGUACACACGGAGAGAAUGCAAAAAAGUGGAAAACAUUCCUCAUACGUGACAGAAGAGCAGACUCAAGCACACUGUACUACAAAUCAAACCUCGGAGAGCAAACAACGUGUAGGAGAUAGUUACCAGGGUGAGCGCCGCGGAGGCGCUGGACUACAUUACCCAUCAGUCACUUACAUGUCCUUUAUCACGUGCACCUGGUUUGCGUUUGUUCCUCAUUAGUCUGAGUAUUUAAAAGAUGGUUUGGUCUUUGUCUUGCAUCUGUUAUAUUCCCAAGUUCAUGUUUCUAAUUAAUGUUCUUAAUUAAUGGAGUUUUGCUUAAUUGGUAUUUCACCAAUGUUGUUGAUUAAAGAUGAGUUUGCAACUGCGUCCU